GGUUGCCGGGAGGCCCGCCCUUUGGGGUGGGGGCGAGGAGAUGUCGGGGUGCGGGGCUACAGCCAGGGUGGGACUGCUGCAGGGAGGAUGCUGAUCUGGCCCACGGCUGCCCAGACUAGGGGAUGGAGACAGCAGGGGGAGCUGUCCGAUGGAUCAGAUGGCAAAGUAGGCUUCUUCCACAGAGCAAAAUUCCACCCCCGUUGCUGAGACUUUAAAGCAUGGUCAAGUUAAUUUAUGUGGGGCUGGGAGCGUGGUGCCUGCGGGGGAGGAGAACGGUCCCAUACUUUUCACUCCUGAUGUGUAGGCGAGUCCCUCUUCCGCUUCUAAAAAAUAGGUGUGGUGAACAGAUGGGGACCAUGAGCCCGUUACCUUCUGGGAGGCCAGUGCGGAUAACCCCCAAGGAAGGGAGAGAGAGGAUCGGGAAAAACUAUCUAGCCAAUGAAGGUGGCUCCUGAACAACGCCUGGAGAGUUCUAGGAAGCGGGGGGGGGGGGGGGGGGGGGGAAGGAGUGCUUUCCUGGCAUGGAGCAGAGCUUCUGCAAAGGCGGGACGGAAUGGAACCUCCAGUGGACUACUCGGCAGUCCCUCUGGAAAGGUACUUAAAAAGCAGCAGCAUGGUAUCAUGGAGAGGGCACGGGAUCUAUGGUCAGAAGGCAUGAAUUCAGACCUUGGCUCUGAGCUCCCAGGCUGUAUGACCACAGGUAGUCUGGGAGAUCGUGCUUGUCUUAGUUGUACAUCUCUGAGGUUGAUAAACCAUACGAAUUUUAAAUUUGGUUGUUCCACUCAUGUCCACUCUGUUUACAUGUCCUUCAAAAGUGAUCACUUAAAUUGUUGGACUAAAAGACCUGAACAAAUAUAUAUGGUAGUGAGAUCUCCUGAAUCAUGGACGCCUCUUUCCAGUUUUCACUCUCUUCAGUCUCCACACAUUUCUGUGCGGUGCUUGCACUCUUCUUGCCCUGUUCGUGAUGACUCGGUAGUGGAAAAAUCCCUUAAAUCUAUUAAAGAUAAAAAUAAGAAGCUUGAAGAAGGUGGGCCUGUCUACAGCCCCACUGUAGAGGUGGCUGUGAAGAAAUCAAUUGUUCAGAAGAUUGUGGAUGAGCUUAAGCAUUAUUAUCAUGGCUUCCGAUUGUUAUGGAUUGAUACAAAGAUUGCUGCACGGACACUUUGGCGAAUUCUCCAUGGUGGCACUUUAUCUCGGAGGGAGCGGAGACAGUUUCUUCGGAUAUGUGCUGAUCUCUUUCGUCUGGUCCCUUUCCUGGUCUUUAUUGUGGUCCCAUUCAUGGAGUUCCUGCUUCCAAUUGCUGUUAAGCUCUUCCCAAAUAUGCUACCAUCAACAUUUGAAACACAGUCCAUAAAGGAGGAGAAAUUGAAGAAAGAAUUGAGAGUAAAACUUGAAGUGGCUAAAUUUCUUCAAGACACAAUUGAGGAAAUGGCGUUAAAAAACAAAGCUGCCAAAGGAAGUGCUACAGAAGACUUUUCAAAAUUUUUUCAAAAGAUACGAGAGACUGGGGAGAGGCCCACCAAUGAGGAGAUCCUGCGCUUCUCCAAACUGUUUGAGGAUGAGCUGACUCUGGACAACCUGACCAGGCCGCAACUGGUGGCUCUCUGCAAACUGUUGGAGCUACAGUCAAUCGGGACAAACAACUUUUUACGCUUUCAGUUAAUCAUGAGGCUGAGGUCAAUGAAAGCAGAUGACAAGCUCAUUUCUGAGGAAGGAGUUGAUAGUCUGAAUGUUAAGGAACUGCAGGCUGCUUGUCGGGCCCGAGGUAUGAGAGCUUUGGGAGUCACAGAAGAACGUCUUAGGGAACAACUUAAACAGUGGUUAGACCUACAUCUGAACCAAGAGAUCCCUACUUCGUUACUUCUUUUAUCCAGAGCUAUGUAUCUUCCUGAUACUCUGUCACCAGAGGAUCAGCUGAAAACCACUUUACAGACCCUUCCCGAGAGUGUGGCCAAAGAAGUUCAAGUCAAAGCUGCUGAGGUUGAAGGUGAUAAAGUGGACAAUAAAGCAAAGCUGGAAGCUACUCUAAUGGAAGAAGCUGCCAUUAGACAAGAAAUUAAAGAGAAGAAAGAGCAAGAAAGGUUGACUGAAGCUGCUGAGAAGGCCAAAGAAGUUGUCCAGGUGGAAACAGCUGUAAAGAAAGAAGCUGAGUUGGGUGUGGAUCUGGAACCUCAGCAGGCAAGAACAGUCCCUGCACAUGGAGAUACACUGCUGGAGUCUACCAAGGCGCCAUUGCCCUCAGAGACACUUAUUGACACUGCCCCUGUCUUGGAAGGCCUGAAGGGAGAAGAAAUAACCAAGGAAGAAAUUGACCUGCUUAGUGAUGCUUGCACUAAACUGAUGGAACAGAAGAAAUCCUUAACCAAAGAGAAGGAGGAGCUCAAGUUGCUGAAAGUUAAUGUUGAAGAAUAUAAAGAGGAUUUGCAAGAGAUCAAAAAGGAACUUUCCAAGACUGGCCAAGAACAGAGUGUAGAAGAAUCUAAAGCAAGCAAGAGAUUGUCCAAAAGGGUGAACCAGAUGAUUGGACAGAUAGGAAAAAUACUUAAUGAAUUAGAGACGGAUCAAAAGCAAACAGCAGGAAAAAUAGACAGUAAUGUCUAUACUACUGGAUUGGGUUUCCCCUUUAGGGAAAAUGUCAUCACCAUCGGUGAGCUUAUAAAUGUGAUGAAACAACUUGAACAAAUUCCUGAGAGCAAAUUGGUGAAGUUAGCUAUUGCCCUGGAUGACAACAAGGACGGCAAGAUUAACAUAGAUGAUGUUGCCAAGGUCAUUGAACUGAUUGACAAAGAAGACAUCGACAUCUCCACGGGUCAGGUCUCGGAGAUCGUGGCCUUGCUGCAUAAGGAGGAGAAGGUGGAAGAGAAGGAGAAGGCCAAAGAGAAGGCCGAGAAAGAGGCCGUGGAAGUGAAGAUGUGAGCCUCGGGCCGGGCUGCCGCUGAUGCGGCUUGGUGGAGAGGCCGCCUCGAGCCAGCGCUUGGGGAUGCCUCCUGGAGCCUCCGGCGGUGGCCAGGAACGACGACUUUGCUUAUGGCGAUGCCACUGGCAAAACAGCUAUUUUUCUGGAAUAAAGCAGACGCUUCCAUGAUCAAAUAAGUGAUUUUCUAUCAUUCCAUGAAGAUGAGAGCACUCUGGACCCCCUCCCCCCUUCUCUGCCUGUGAAUCAUGCUUGACCCCCGUCCCUGUGGGGUCACCGUGCCGGUGGCCCGUCCCGAGAGCAGCGAGCGCAGCGAGGAGCCGCGGGCACUCCUGACAUGACAGACCGCGAACUGCCCCGUGAUGAUGAUUGUGCCCAAAGUGGGGAAGGCGGGCAAGGGUCCGCCCCUCUUCCCUAUUUUGGCAAAAAAUUUCAGGUGAUUUUCUUUCUCCCCUUGGAUCUAAAAUGAUACAGAUAAGUUAGAAUCACUCCUUGUUUCCCCUGGUGAUCUUUUAUGUGCUUGAAAGCAAAGCUAAAUUGAUUCAAGCUCUCUCCCUUCAGCUAGGGGGCCGCUGUGGCAAUUCUUCAUUGGGCCAGCUUUAAGGUUUGCAUCUAUUUUUGAAGCUGAUUGACAUGAGCAAUCCCCUCUCCCCCUUGUUAUUCUGUUCGGGUUGCCCUCGCAGCCUUUAAGUUGGGCUGGUGCAUUUCUAGGGAUAUUGUCAUGUUUAUUUGAAUGAAAACUUGAUUUUUUAAAAAGAAGAUUUCAAUAACAUGUAUACCCCAGAAAUAAGAUGUAAAUAAAAUCUAUCAGUAUACAUUUCCACAGACUUAAAACUGUAACUAUUCAGAAAAUUGUUUUAUUUUCUCCCUUAAUUAAUGUAUGGAUAAUAAUGAUAUCUGGCCACUUAAAAAGUUUUUUUAUACUUGCACAUUGUGUGUCAGGGAAUAAUUUCUUUUCGGGGAACGAGGAGUGGUUUUCUUCCUAGGGAUUAACUGGCUGAUCUUUUCUCCCACACAUCCUAGUCUUGCGUACCUGUUUUAAAAGUAGCUUGCGUCCAUUACCCUUUGAAAAAAAUCUAAUGAAGUAGAUUAAGUGUUAGCAUCUGGAUUUACUGUACCAAAUCACUUUUCUCUAAAAUAUAUAAUAUUUGAGUAAAUAAUUGCUUUUUGGGUUUUUGAACAAAUAGGUUUUCUUACUUGUCCUCAUUUUCAAGUUUUAUCUUAAUAGCCCAGGACAUGUUUUAGUGCACUUUUAGUUGUACAAUACUUUACAUGGAUUUGGGGUUAUCCUUUUAUUAUUUUUAAACCCCCGAUUCAUACUUUAUCAGUUACCAUCCACUAAGCAUUCCCUAUAUCAAUAAUACUUAUGCUAUGGAAAAAAAUCUAAGCACUCCCCUUGGAUUAGUAUUUCCAUUUUUAAACUCAAAUUCAAAUAGAUUAUUUCCUGGAUAAGAUUUAAAUAUUUAAAAUGAAUUAUUAGAGGUGCCAGUGGUAUAGAGAUUUGAUGAUCACCACUUACAUGAUGGACCAUAGUAUUUUCUUUGAUAAUGUAUACUAUAGCAGCAAAGUCAGGUACUUAGUUUCUUGCCACUGGGUGUUUUUUUCUUUUGUUGAGGGUUUUUUAAAAAUUAUUUUUUGAAUCAUUUAUCACAAAUAGUGACAUGUUAGAUAUCUUGAGAAUGACUGAAGCUAUAACUAUUUGUAAAUUUUGUGUAUUCAGCAGUUAUAAAAGAUUAUAGAUUGUUCUUUGAAAUACUUGUACUGUAUUUUGAAACUGGGCAUUUUCAAACUGCUGUUGGUAAGGGCGAGUUAUAGCUGCCUUGAUAAAGUUAGGUAGUCUGGUUGUUUGAUUUGGCUAUAGUUCAUAUAAACUUGCCGUCCAGUGCUGAAAGCAAAAGUAGUUGUAAAAAUCUGUAUUAAAACAAAACUGUAGAACAGUGGGGUUUUUUUUUUUGUGUGUUAAAAUAUAAGGUAGAAAACCAACUAUUUUUUCCAUAUUUAUACCACCCCCUAAAGCAUCUUUUAUUUAAUAAUAAUAAUAGCUGUGCCAAAUUCUCAAUUGGCCCAUAAUUAUGGUAUUUGGGUGGUGUGUAUUUUGGGCAAAAAUUUUAACUCGAAGGGGUGCCUUUCAUAUGUCAUCUAAAUAUAGGAAUAUAAAAAUAUAGGAAUAAAAUAACUCAUAGAACUGAAUCGAGACAGUGAAGGGAGAAGAACUGGGAGAAUGUGUUAGAAGUUGCUUUCACUGUUUUACUUAGUGGUUACAUGGCAGCUUAAAAGCUGUAACAGGAUUGUAUGUUUUAGAAGGGACACAUUGGGAAGUGAGUCAUUGCAUUCAAAGUUUUCCUUUUUCCUAUCUGAAGUGACACCGUUGAAUAUUUAUGAAACAUUUUAGAGUAGUUAUUUAAAUCUGAUUUUUAGUGGUAAAAGACUGGACUACCUUAUGAUUGCCAAACAUAUCAUCAUUUUCAUCUUGGAGUUUUCAUUUGUGAGAGCUAGUUCCUCGAAUGGGACACAGUUCACAAGUGAGUGAGAUCCACAGAUGUUGGCUUGAUAGAUUACACAUAUCAGGAUAAGGAAUCCUGACUGAUCCUCCAUUGGGCCUUUGUGCUUGGAGAAGCGGCGAGCCAAACAAGAGCUUCCUGGGGCUGGGGCUUGGGAUUCAGGUGACUUAAGAAAAGGCGGCAGAACUAAGAGAGAUGAGCCUGGUGAUCUGAUUGGGAAGAUUGCUCUCUCUGAGAGGUAUGUCAUUUCACACUUUUUGCUAGUCGUCGUCUUUGCACCCCGACUCUGAAAACCUAAAAAGACCCUCCUUUGACCAAGAGGAACACGGUAGGGAAGCAGAGCAGACUAGGUUCCUGUGAGAAACCCCUAAGGACACAUUAGCAGUUGUCUACCAGAGCUCCUCAUUUUACAGGUGAAGAAAUAGAAAGCCCAGAACGGAGGGAGGCCCCCAGCCUGUUAGGAGAGAGCCAGGGCUCCGCUUUGUGCUAGCUCCCAGCCCUCAUUGCCCUUUCCUCCUCCUCCUCCUCCUCCUCCUCCUCCUCCUCCUCCUCCUCCUCCUCCUUCCCCUCCCUUCCCCCCCUCCCCCUUCUGUUGUCGUCUCCUAGGAUUUUAUAAUCUGACUCUUGGCUUCUUGUCUGCAACUGUGUGUCCCUUUGUUAGAGCAUCAGUGGAGCCCGAGCCUUUGGGUUCUCCAUCUCUGCCCUGGCGCUGUCAGCGUUGCUCCUUCGUUGCAUGUGCCCUGGCUGUUGGACUCCAGUUUGUGACUCUCCUCCCUCGUCAUGGGAGAGGCCGACAGAUGGGCAGGGAACCGGCACUGAUUAGACGGGCCUUUAGCCUGCUGUGAGUGCAAUAGCAAUGCAUCUUUUUUUCCAAAGUUAAGAUCUUGAGGUUUUUUAUGUGUAUACAAAUUUCAGUUUUAGUAAAUUUGUCAUGGUUUGACACCAGUUCUGUUGGUUAUUUUUAUUUUGUCUCUGUGUGAGUUGUGUGUGUGUGUGUGUGUGUUGGGGGAGGGAGGGAGGGAACUAUACUUAAUCUUAUUUAUUGCUGCUUAAAUAAAUGAUCAGGCACGAUUCGGAGAUAUGGUGGAUCCGAGAAUAUGAGGUUUUGGGGAUGAGGUCAUAAAGGAGAGAGUUACAAUAGGAAAGUUGGGUUUUUAUAAGUGUUACAAAGUAAUAACCAUGGCGUGCAUUUUCACUGUCAGCAUCUACUGUGUUUUCAGGAGUUCCUACAGGCUCUUCAGGCUUGCCCAUAGCGGAACUCAAUCUUUGAAGAAGAGCUCUAGUUAGUUUUUAAGCAGAUGUCCCAUCUCACCUUUCCUUUUCCCUAAAUGCCCAACCUAAUAUAUGUUUAUAGGAAUUUUUUAAAUUGGCGUGGUUCCAAGUGCCAUUUUGGACAGUCCAGCUUCAGAUGCUGCUUUUGAGAUAUGAAAGUUGUCAGGCUAGAUAGCAACUCCAAGUGAAAGGCUUCUUCACUUUAAUCCAGUAAAAGGAUCUAUAUCAAUAUGUCUGCCUUCAUGGUUCACAGCUGGUGUGUGUGUGUGUGUGUGUGUGUGUGUGUGUGUGUAUUUCGAAAUGGAAAUCAGUUGUCAUUUAAGUACAGAAACAAUUAAGUAAAAUGGCCUUGAAGUUUGAGAAUUUUUUUUGUUUUUUUGCUCUCUAUGAGUUAAUUGAAUUAAGGACAGACUUACAGCCUUAAAUACAUUUCCAGUGCCUAGCACAGUACUCUGCAUACAAUAGGCGCUCAGUAAGUGUUUAUCAAAUUGAAUUUCUUGGCUUUUGUCAGUGAGACAACCAUUUUAGUUUAGUAUGUACGAGUGACUUAUUUCUCACAAGCAUGACUAAAAUCAAAGUAACCAGAGCCCUGGACUUUGGAGAUUCCUCCCUCUCUUAAAUCUAAUUUACUUCUGAGUUCAGAGACCUUUGGAUCCACCAUUAUCUUACUGAUAGAAAUGCACUGAUAAUGUAAACCAUCUAAUUUAAAUGAUUCAAUGUCAUACAUUUUUACUGUGUAUUUUAAAGAAAUAUCAAUAGUUCAGUUUCUUUGUAUGACUUUCAGAAGAAACACGCUCAUGUUUUCUGGACACAUUAAAUUUGAUGUAAGGAAAAGAUAUAUAAUAAAGGGAUGUCAAUUA